AUGAGAAAUCAUACAGCAAUAACAACAUUCAUUCUGCUGGGAUUGACAGAUGACCCAAAACUACAAGUUGUGCUUUUCAUAUUUUUGUUUCUCACCUAUAUAUUUAGUGUGGCUGGGAAUCUCACCAUUAUCACCCUGACACUUUUGGAUUCCUGCCUUAAAACACCCAUGUAUUUUUUUCUCCAAAAUUUCUCUUUCUUAGAAGUCUCAUUCACAACUGUCUGUAUUCCCAGAUUUCUAUACACCCUGACAACUGGAGAUAAUACUGUUACCUAUAAUGUUUGUGCCACCCAAUUAUUUUUUGUUGUCCUUUUUGCAGCAACGGAAUUUUUUCUCCUUGCUGCCAUGUCCUAUGACUGCUAUGUAGCCACUUGUAAGCCUCUGCAUUACACAACCAUCAUGAACAACAGAGCCUGCACUACAUUCAUUCUCUGCUGCUGGUUUUCUGGCCUGUUGAUCAUCAUCCCACCUCUUGGCAUAGGCCUCCAGCUGGAAUUCUGUGACUCGAAUGUGAUUGAUCAUUUUGGCUGUGAUGCAUCUCCCAUUCUACAGAUAACCUGCUCAGACACAGUGUUUAUAGAGAGAAUUGUCUUAAGUUUUGCCAUGCUGACACUCAUUAUUACCCUAGUAUGUGUAGUCCUCUCCUAUACAUACAUCAUCAAGACCAUUCUAAAAUUCUCUUCUGUUCAACAAAGGAAAAAGGCUUUCUCUACAUGCUCUUCCCAUAUGAUUGUUGUUUCCAUCACCUAUGGUAGCUGCAUCUUCAUUUACAUCAAACCUUCAGCAAAGGAAGGAGUGGCCAUUAACAAGGUGGUUUCUAUGCUCAUUACUUCAGUUGCCCCUUUGCUUAACCCAUUCAUUUAUACACUUCGAAAGAAACAGGUGAAAGAUGCCUUCAAAGAUGCAGUCAAACGGAUUGCAUUUCUGACGAAGAAGUAA